AUGGAUCAGGAACGCGAUCCCUUCCACCCAGAGACUUGCUGGAGUCCUCGGGAUUCUUACCCAUGGCACCCGCCACUUGUCGAAUUCUCUCUAACCUCUUCGGCAAAUUCAUGGUCCCUCGAUCUCAGCACGGAAAACUGUCCCGUAGCACACUCCAGUUUUUUUAGUGAUGUUGAGGAAGGACCAUUCUACAUUCAACCUGUACGUUUUCUUCCCAUGCUAGAUGAGCCCUCUAAAUUGGAGAUGCAGAGGGCUGGGAUUAAUCCACAAGGGGAGAAUGAAGCUGCGAUUCCCGAGAGUAGUGCCAGAGGCCAGCAGCCAAACGAGGGGUCUCAAGGCCCAAAAGCUUCAUCCAAACGCGAAUUCUCUUGUCCCGUAUUCAAAGCCGACACUGUCCUCGGGCGCAAACAUUCUUGCCGAGGUGCUAGAGCAGAGCACAUGUCCUAUAUUCGCCGCCACCUUACUUCUGGGCGUGCACCUCACGUCGCAUUUCUAAAGCUGUGUGGGACGUGCAAUGAAGAUUUUACGGACCAAAAAGAGUUCGAAACCAAUCACGGAUAUGACGGCGAAUUCUGCAAUAACCCUCAAAAACAGCGCCGAGGCGAGUCGGCGGAGGAGCAGUGGUACACCUUAUACACUAAACUCAGUCCUGGGGCACCUCGGGUCUCGAGUCCCUAUAUUGAAGGAGAACGAUCGUCAAGAAAUACCCCAGAUCCUCGAAUUCCGCAGAUGUCUGAUGCCAACUCGGAGCGGGUGGCAAACCCCCCAUCACCAGGUGUGGGUUACCAUGAUUACCACCCGAACUGGGACUCAUACAAUGAAAAUUUUCAGCCCUCGCAACCGUCUCCGAAGUCUAUAUCAACACCUUUCGAGCUUACCAUGUUUUCAGAGGACGAUGAAUUUCUGCAAGGUGACCAAACAUCGACUUCCCAGAGACGUAUCGAGUCCGAUGCUUCCGAUGCUUCCGAGCUUAGAGUCGUCACAAGCAUCAAAUCCGUAUCUUCUAUGUUUGGACUGGCCGGAGGCAUCGAACCCGAGUCUUCCAGAUUUGUAGGAGCUGAAGGCACCUUAAGAGCCCAUUCUAGAUAUGGUAUGGCGAGGAAUGCCACUGGGGACAGCGCCGACGGCAUUCGGGGAAGAUUCCACACAACCGUUCAUAUUCGGCCCUAUGCGAGUAUUGUGGCAAAGUAUUAUAUGGGCCUCAUGCAGAUGGUAAUCUCAAACGCCAUCAAAAGUCAUUUGGAUGCGCCUCAUCUGAAAGACGUAAAGAAUGGCCCUGCGAUCAAUGUCAGAAAGUGUACCAAAGAUCCGAUGGCCUUCUUGUUCAUAAACGGAAAAGGCACGGUUAUCCUCCUGCUGAGCAGAAAGUGA